AUGGCCGAGUGUCGCCGCUCUGUCCUGUCUUGCGCCCGAUGCCGUCGUCGGAAGAUCAAGUGUGAUCGGGCCAUACCUUGCGGUCAGUGUCUCGCCGCUAAAUCAGAAUGCACCGGGUUCAGUUCCAAAGACCAGGAUCCCACCAUUCCCAGAAGCAUCGUCCAGCACCUCGAAACCGAGAUCGCCAAAGUCGAAGGGGAACUUGCCCGCAACGGCCAUCUUGAAGAACUCAAUGCCUCGGACAUCCUCGCGGGGAUGCCAACCAACGAUGGCAUACCUAUGGAGAAUCUGGCUCUCUCUGUUAUUGAUGUACCGAAGUUGGAGGAAGCAUCUAAUGCCUCGCUAGCCGUCAACGCCACUCCGUCCGUUGCAAGGGAUACUAUUCGAGAUGAAGUGAUGAGUUGCGGGGAAAUCCAGGCCAUGAUCUUCGCUAUCUUACCAACCGGCCCUGGAAUCAGCGACUUGAUAGCACGAGUGCGCAUGAGCUUGACACCAUCAACGGCCAUGGCAUCUGAUAGCCCACGGGAAGACCGGAGAAGAUCCUUCUCGCGGACCGGCAAUGAAGUCAGCUGUACCAUGCUGAGAAGUAUUCCGACUCCUAUUUUACGAAGUCUGGUCAAAAAGUACAUGACCAGAGUCUACCCCAUCUUCCCCGUACUACAUGCACCUACAUUAUGGCAGCAGCUCGAGCGUGUCAUCAAAACCUUGCAAGAGCUUCCUGAAAGACAUCGUGCCGUUCCGCCAUCCUUCGACUUUCUGAUCAUCUAUCUCAUGCUUUCCAUUUCCGCGACUCUCGGCAGUGCACGAACCGGUCAUGAGGCCAAACACAUGGUUUUCUCGGGCACCCUGUUCGAGGAAGGCAUCCAGCACCUGUCUGAUAAAGCCAAGAUCCCAUCCGAUUUGGCGGGCAUUCAGGUUACCCUCAUGGUCUUGCAAUACGCAUCCAUCAAUCCUCGUCUCGCAAAUGUGUGGAUGUUGACGGGGGCUGCCAUGCGCGCCUGUCUCGAACUGGGGCUACAUCGUGAACCCCCCGAAGCCUUGAAUUUUGAUCAGCUCACUCUAGACCUGAGGAGGCGCAUUUUCUGGUCAACCUAUAACUUCGACCGUGCGAUUUGUUCAGCCCUGCAACGUCCACUAUCGAUCCCCGAUCAGACCAUCGAUGCUCGUUUCCCCUCGGUUCUGGACGAUCGCCACAUCCAUCCCAAUGGCAUCGACCCAACUGGCACCGAGACCAAAAUUCAUUCGAUGCGCUGGAUCCAAUUCCGUCGACUACAGUCCGCGAUGACCGAGGUUCACUUCCAAGGCAAACCCCUGGAACCCGGUCAGACCUGGGACGACUGGCUUGUGGUUAUGGAAAGACGCUUACAAGCUUGGUACGAAGACUACAAUGACGGUCAUGAACUAACAGAAUUCACCCUCGCCCAUGGCCUGAGCAACCUCCAUCGCCCAUCUCCGCGUAUGCCAAUGCCCGGACCCCGCAGUCUCAUGGUCGCAUUCGAAGCGGCAUGCUCCAGCGCGAAAUCGCUGCGCGACCACAUACUUACAGGCUUCUAUCGGCGGUCGUGGCUGAUUGCUCACCAUGUAUUGGAAAAUAGCAUGGUGGUUCUUUUUUGUCUCCGGCACGGGUUUGAUACCAUUUCGGCCCGUUUCAGUGCUCAGGAGAUCUUUGAGAUGACCAAAGUCUUUACCGCCAAUUUCCUAGCACUUGCCGCCCAAGGUUGGAAUGAAGUGUCCAAUUACGCAGGAGUAUACGAGCGUCUAUUAGGGCCACUUCUCGAAUCCGUCUUCUCCAACCGCCCUCCCUCAUUAUCAUCGUUCGGGCCAGCUCAAGAUGCCGAACUCACUCGUCUUUUGUAUCCUGGACCCGCCCAGCUUGACAAACUACGCUUCGGCAGUCGUUAUGGCCUUGGAGGAGAAGGAAUGCCUUCUUUCGACAUAGGAACGCUGAAUUGGGAAGAUUUCAGUGUCAGCGACGGGCGGUCUGCAUCAGCAGAGGGCUUUGUUGCCGGAUGGGAUCUUCUGGAUCCAAAUGCGAUUGGUGGAACUGCACAGGACUUGGUGUUUGGUAUGGCCUGA